AUGUUUGGAAAUUUAUAUGAAGGAGACGAUGAUAUUAAUAAUGAGGGAUUCAUAGGACCACAAUUACCCGGACCAUAUAACAGUAACAAUUACAAUGGUAAAAAAUAUUUAAGAAAACCAAUUGAUAAAAGAUCUGACCAUGGUUUUGUUGGUUUAUUAAAUCAAGGUGCAACAUGUUAUUUAAAUAGCUUAAUUCAAAUGCUUUAUAUGACACCAGAGUUAAAGAAUAAUGUUUAUAAAUUAACUAUUGAUGAUUUUGGAAUAUCAGAGUUAAUAGAGAAAAGAGAAAAAGAGUUAUUAAAUAAAAGUAAUAAUGACCAAACAAUAGAAAAUAAUAAUAGUAGUGACAAUAAUAUAAAUAAUAACGAAAACAAUAAUGACAAUAAUCAGGACUCAUUUAAUCAAAUAUUAGGAACAGAAAGUAAUAAUGUAAAUAGUAAUAAUAGUAAUAAAAUAGAAAGUGAAGAAAAAUUAUUAAGUUCAGAAUAUGCACAAGAAUUAUUAUUAGUUUAUGGCUUAGAAAGAGAAAGGCUAGUAGAUGCAUUAAAGCUAUACCCAACUCAAGAUCAAAUUGAAAGGUUAAUGGAUUGGUAUUACAGUGAUGCUCAAUUAAGCAGCAGUUAUAGUGGUAACACUGGCAAUAGUAAUUGUGAUAGCGGUAAUAUAGUGGCUGCAGAAGGUAUUGACCCAUUAUUUGGUGAUUAUUCAGAUGCAUUCAAUUCUAUGGAGUUUGAAACUUAUCCAUCUCCAAAUUCAAGUUAUAAACAUUUAAUUGAAACACCAUUACCACCUACAGAUAAUUCAAAAGCAAUUGUAUUGUUUGAUGAAGCGUCAACACUUAAUCAUUUUACUGGUGAAACUAAAAACAAUACAAACGAAGAUUCUUCUUCAACAACAACAACAACAACUACUACAACAAGUACAACAAAAACAGCUUCAUCAUCGACAACCACAACAACGACAAAUAAAAAGAAGGGUAGAGUUAUUCCAUAUGAAUUACAAAGAUUAUUUUCAAUGUUACAAAAAGGAAAUGUUUAUGCAAUGUCAACUGAAGAUUUAACCAAAAGUUUCGGAUGGACCAGCGAUCAAUCAUUUCAUCAACAAGAUAUUCAUGAAUUAAAUAGAAUUUUAUUUGACGCUGUAGAACACUCAAUUAAAAAAACACCAAUUGAAAAUUUAUUUAGCGAUCUAUACAAGGGCUCUUUUGUUAAUCGUUUAACUUGUACCGAAUGUGGAAUGGUCAAGGAUAGAAUGGAGUUCUUCCAGGAUAUUCCCGUAACAGUAAAAGGCUUCUCCUCGAUCGAAGAAAGUCUAAACUCUUUUACCUCACCAGAAACUUUAGAUGGUAAAAAUAUGUAUAGUUGCGAUAGUUGUAAUAAAAAGGUAGUUGCUACAUUUCAAGUUAAAUUGGGUAAAGUUCCACCAAUUUUAAUUUUUGCACUUCGUAGAUUCGACUAUGACUUUAGCAGAGGUACUAGAGUCAAGUUACACAACCGUUUUGAAUUCCCUCAAGAUCUCGAUAUGAAGCCAUACAUCAUUGAGGAUAAUAAUUCUGCUAGUGGUGAAAACGAAAAAGAAAAUGACGGAUCAUUAGAUUAUGAAUUAUUUUCCGUAUUAAUACAUAGUGGUGGUGCAUUUGGUGGCCAUUAUCAUAGUUAUAUCAAAGAUGUUUUAAAUAUUGGAGGUAAAAAAGAAGAAAAUAUUGAAAGUACAAAUAAUACCAACAAUGAUGAACCAUCAAGUGAUUCAAAUAUCACCAAUAAUUUAACAACAGAAUCAGCAGAAUCAACUACAGCAACAGAUGAUACAGCAGCAACCGAAUCACAAGGCGAAAAUGGCAAAGAUAAUUCAGAUGAUAAUAAGUUUUCAGGAUGGUAUGACUUUAAUGACAGUUCAGUUUUACCAAUUAAAGAUAGUGUUGUAAAGAAGCAAUUCGGUGGUAGUGAUGAAUGCGCCUACAUGUUAAUUUAUAGAAGUAAAAAAUUAAGAAAUAAUUUAGAAAUUUAUGAUAUUCCAUUACAUUUUGAAAAAGAAAUCAAGGAAUUUAACGAAGGUAUCGAAAGAGAUAGAGCCGAGUAUGAAGUAACAGCCAAUUCAAUGUUUUUGACACCAAAGUUCCAGGAAAAUAUCGUUAUUCACGAUGGUAUUAUUUACAAUAACAACAACAGCAAAAACAACAAUAAGGAAGUUGAGCUUUUACAAUUAGAUAUUUCAUCAACCACUGAAGAUCUUUAUAAGUUAAUUACAUCCAAGUUCCCAGAUGAAGUCGAGAGUAUUCUUUCAAAUAAUAGUUCAGGUAUCGUAAUUCAAGAAAUGUUUACCAAGGAUGGUAAGGUUGGACUUCAACCACCUAUUGUACCAAGUAGCACCACAAAUAUCAAAAAGGUUGGUCUUAGGGAAGGUUCUCAAAUUUUAAUUUGGAAAGGCGCCGAUAAAUCAAAUAUACCAAUAAGAUUCAACAUUAAAUAUUUCUAUAAUAAUCCAGACGAUGUCGAAAACUAUUUAAUAAAGAAUCAAAGCUUAUCGAUUAGCCGUGAAUCUACCUAUCAGAAAUUAAAAGAAAUUAUCCAUGGUUCCAUUAGUGAUGUUUGCACAACCGAUAAUUUAAAUAAAUUGAUUCUCUAUCAAUUACCAAAUCAAACUCUAUUGCCAUUCGAAGAUGAUUACGAUAUGCCACUUUCAAAUCGUCUCUACAGCGAUAUAACUUUGUAUGUUGAAGUACUUCCCAAUGGUUUCACUUGUGCUGAUGACUUGGAUCAUACUAAUUCUCUAGUUAAAAAAGAUUUCGAAUUGAAUAAAAGUAAAAUUCAACUUUUCGUCAAUGACAGAUUCAAAAACAUUUCAUCAAGCAUUGUUUCGGUUUCAUCUGCUCCACCAGUACGUAUUUUAUCAGAUCCAAAGAACACAAUUUAUCAAUUAAAAGAAAUUAUAUUCGACACUCUCUAUCCAAAUGAAAAGAAAGAGUGGAUUGACCAAACUGUUAUUCGUAAAACAUUAGUUGGUGGAUAUGAAGGUACCAUUAUAUCAGACGAUACAUUAACUUUGAAAGAGGCUAAUAUUGUAAACACUUCAUUGAUAAUCUUUGAAAAGGGUCAAAGCUCUAAAUCAACAUUAACCAUCAAAUAUAUCCACGGAGUCGAUAAGAAGCCAGCUCAUCCAGAGCCACGUCUUUUAACUGAUGUAUCAAAGAACACUACAAUUAUGCAAUUGAAAAAAGAUAUUUUAUCAAGAUUGAAAAUAUCUGAAGAAAUAGCAAGUCGUUAUAUUUUAAGAUUAACUGAUAUCUUUGAAGGUCCCAACAAUAUUAUAGUUGAAGAAGAUAUGACAAUCGAAGAAGUCGGAGUUAAAUCACUUGAAACUCUUUGGAUUGAAGAAGGUGUUAUACCAGCUAAAGAUCAAAUUAUCAUCAAAAUAUCGCUUUAUCAAAUGAAUAAUGUUUCUCAAAUACUUGGUGUAGCAGCAUCUCCUAUUUUGCAUUUAAAUCAAACCUAUAACCCUAUCGUACCAGAUUUAUUUACAAUUAUUCCUAUAGGUGAUUUAUCAGUUGAUAAAAAGCUCACAUUAUCCCAAUUAAAAGAUAAAAUUUUAAAUUGGGAUUUAUUCUUAAAACAAUCUUUUAUUAAUAAGGAAGAGCAGGACAUUAGAAUUUGGUUAGAAGAAAAAUUAUUAACUACAUGCAACAAACCAAUUACCAAGUUUAAUAUUUAUCAAGAAUCCACUGUCACCAUUGAAGUUUAUAAUAAAGAUUUAGAGAGCAAAUCAUCAGUUUCAGAUUUAGAAGAGGGUGAGAAUACACACAGCCACCAUAAAGUUUCAAAACCAUUAUUGUUAUAUAUCCAUAAGAGAAGACCAUUGGAGCAAUCUUUCGAAUAUCCACCAAAGCAAUUAAUAUUCAAUGGUAAAACCAUUAAAGAUUUAUAUAGUUUCAUUUCAACUAAUUUUGGUGUUGAAGAGCAAUUCCUUCAUCUCUUUAAAUAUUUCCCAAAUUAUAAAUCAAAUCCAUGGAGGGUCAUUGAAGAAAGAGUAAAUACAAAUAAUAAAAAAUCAAAUACUAAAGAAGUUGCAAAUGAAAAUAAUGUAGAUACAAAUAAACCAAAUCAAAUUGAUAAUAAUAUCAAUAAUACACAAACAUCAUCAAUUAGAAUUGCUGAGGAUAAUAUUGAAAAAUCAUCAUUUGAAGAUGAGAAUCAACAAAAUGUAACAACAUCAACAACAGAAACAACACCAUCAGUAGCAGCAACAGCAACAUCUGAAGACUCUGCAUUGGAAGAGGAUAAUGAAUCGACUAUGGAAAAAGCAACUAAUAAUAUACCAUUACCACCCCCACCACCACAAAAGAAAAAAGAUCAAACUCAAAACAAUUUAAAUAAUAGCAACAACGUAAUUGUAGAUUUAAGAGGCAAGCCAUUCAUGCUCAAAGAUGGUGAUAUUAUUGCUUACUUAGAUACAAGAGAUGAUCCAGAACACAAUGACAGAUUCGCAUUGGCAAUGAAUAACAAUAGUAACUCAAGUGGUCAAAAAUCUUCUGUUUAUUUUGGUUCUUCUUAUUUAGGUUCAAAUAAUAAAAAAUAUAGAGCCCAAGAAGUUGAAUUAAAAAUAGAAUUGGAUGAUUUUUAA